AUGGAGCAGGCAAAACCUACGCCGUCGCGCCGUCGCGCCGCCCGAAAUAACGGCAAACCUGCUUUGCAGAGGAUGUAUGCAUCUGAGAACGACUUGCCAGUGACUUCGAAGAUGGGAUAUGAUCAGGGCCCUCAACCGUCCACACCUCAAAAGUCGGGCUCUCCCGCAUUUGAUAUGCAGCCUGUCGCUUUCCAGCAGGGCUCUGCGAAAGCUUCGCGCGCGCGCAAUAACAAUCAAAAUGCCACCAACCAAGGUAGUCACAACAAGGCUCGUCCCAAGCAAUCGACAACCUCUCCCGACUUCGCACGAACUGCGCGCCAGACCACUCCAAACAGCGCCGCCGUACCCAGGCUACCGUCUUCAGCCGCUUUCGCUGGCGCUACGUUCCACGCUUCUCCGGCACCAUCUGCUUUGCCGAUACCAAGUUUCUACAAGCCAUUUGCUGGAUCGCCUAGUACGCAGACUCGCCACCAGGACGCCCAGCAGCAGCCAUCUCCGCCCGCUACAGAGCCAGAAAUGCCGACUCCGCAGCGGCCACUAGCCAACGAGGCGCGUGAGUCACCACUGGAGGCUAUGUUCAGAGCCGAUCGUGCGGAGAAGGAGAAGGCUCGUCGCCCUAGCUUCGUCAGCGAUGCUUCUACCAGCCGACAUCUGUUUUCUCCCAACGCUAUGCCUCAAGGAUCUCAAACAAUGCCCCGACAGCAUUACGGAUUGCCCAGAGACAAGCCUUUCCAGCAGCGUUCCUCAUCCGGUAUCCCCAUGGCAGAGCUUGACGGUGUUGCAGGACGGCCGGUUGGGCCUGCUUUUUCCACUCCCUAUCAAGAUCGCAUACGCGCAGCACGCGGACCAGUCCCACAACCCACAAACAAUGGAGUCUCGCCGUCGCAGCUUCACGAAGAUCCAACAGAAGCCCUGAAGAAAUAUCUUUUCGGCCCCAAGAAUUCGGGCUCAGAAACGACAUCUUCAGCCCUCCCAAAUGAGGCCCUCGUGAGUUCUUCCGCGCCUGCCAGCCGGCCUGCGGGCUUGCUAGCAAUGGAGGAUGACUUGAGGCGAAUUCUUAAAUUGUCUUGA